UGUUUGUCCGUGCGCCACGGUUCGAUGCCGUCCGCAUGCUCCGGUUCAGCUGCUCCGGUGCCGCUGCUCCGGUGCCGCUGUGCCCAGUCCUAGCACGACGAAACUCGACCCGCUCCGCUUCGUGCACGCUCUCGUUGCUGUCCUUCCCAGUCGGUCCCUCGCUUUGUCCCUCGUUGCACUUAGGGUUCUUGGUCUGA